AGGAACCCGGAUGCUGAUGCUGCUCGGAUGGGGAGAAGGAAGAGAGACGGAAAGGGAGGAUAAAAAGAGCGAGAAGAGGAGAGAGGAGUAAUAAAAGGCUCGGGGCUUUGAGGAUUUGCUGCUUGUCGACGACUCCGGCGCGCAGGGGGAAGAGAAAGAGCGGAGGAGACGGAGAUGCAGCGAUAGAGCAGCGAAUGAGGGAGGGAGGGAGGGAGAGAGAGAGAGAGAGGGAGAGACGGAGGGAGGAGAGAAGGGUUCGUCGUGCCGAGAUGCUGGACUGAGAGCGUUUUUGGGAUUUAAAGUGCUCCAGGCCCCGCUGCCCUCCUGCGCUCACUCCAGCAUGGGACGCCUGCAGUGAAAGGGAUUUUUACGCACAUCCAUCCACACAAACACACCUCUCUCUCUCUCUGCUCCAGUCUGGAAGCUCAUGUUUGGAGGUGGCAAACAUGGAUCAGGUACUCUGUAUCAGAUGACAGGUUUUUUUUGGCUUUCCAGAACAGAUAGCGAGCCACUGAACUAGGUCAGUCUGCACUUCCCUGCGAAUCUUUCUGAAUGUCCUGAAUCCUCCAUGGCUGCCAGAUGCACUGGGCUUGUGCUGAUUUAUCCUGCUUGAUAUCCACAUUAGCUGCUUUUAAUGCCCGCACACUCAUCAUCAUUAUUGUCCCAGCAUAUGCAUGUGUGCUCAUCUUAUCUCAGGCCUGCUGUCAUAUUUGCUCACGGUUUGGCAGGUUGUAGCAUCCUGUAUCAUCUUUCACCUCUUUACUGUGCAAUCCUGCGACUAACCGAGCUAUUCUUAUAGCAUCAUUAGGCUAUCAUCAUUAUCAUCAUCACCGUCAUCAUUAUUAUUACUGCUACUCUUAUUACUAUAAUAUCUGGCUCUUGGCUUCGCCUUAACAUCUUCCAGUCCGCUUGGGAAACACGAAAAACCCUGUUUUUGUUGUUAAGAUAUUCACCGGUUUAUUAGCCUGGGAGAGCAGAAAGCAGGAGCAGAUGUUUGGGAGCAGCAGGCCACGGCCCUGACGUCAGGACUACAUUCCCCAUCAGCCCCUGCGCGCUCGCCCGGCGCCUGGGGCAUGUUGCUGCGGCGCAGCUCGGACAGACGGUGAAGUUUUUGCUUUUUUUCCCGUUGUGUCGACGUAAAAAAAAGGAAAAGAAAUAUUAAUAGCAAGAAGAGAUGUCCAGCAAGGAGGUGUCAGGGAGUCCAGCGGCUCAGUAUGUGGGGCCUUACCGGCUGGAGAAGACGCUGGGCAAAGGCCAGACAGGUUUGGUGAAGUUGGGAGUUCACUGUAUCACUGGACAGAAAGUGGCCAUAAAGAUAGUAAACAGAGAGAAGCUGUCAGAAUCUGUUCUCAUGAAGGUGGAGAGAGAGAUAGCAAUUCUCAAGCUUAUUGAGCACCCGCACGUUCUCAAACUGCACGAUGUGUAUGAGAAUAACAAAUAUCUGUAUCUGGUGUUAGAGCAUGUAUCUGGAGGAGAGCUGUUUGAUUACCUGGUGAAGAAAGGCAGAUUGACCCCUAAAGAGGCCAGAAAGUUCUUCAGACAGAUCAUCUCUGCGCUGGACUUCUGCCACAGUCACUCUAUAUGUCACAGAGAUCUGAAGCCAGAGAAUCUCCUGCUAGAUGAGAAAAAUAAUAUAAGGAUUGCAGAUUUUGGUAUGGCUUCCCUACAAGUGGGAGACAGCCUGCUGGAGACCAGCUGUGGGUCUCCUCAUUAUGCGUGUCCAGAGGUCAUUCGGGGGGAGAAGUAUGACGGCCGCAGGGCGGACGUAUGGAGCUGUGGAGUUAUACUCUUCGCUCUGCUUGUGGGUGCCCUGCCCUUUGACCACGAUAAUCUGCGGCAGCUCCUGGAGAAGGUGAAGAGUGGAGUUUUCCACAUGCCUCACUUCAUCCCUCCAGACUGUCAGGCUCUACUCCGCGGCAUGAUCGAGGUCAACCCAGAGAAACGCAUCACGCUGGAAGCAAUACAGAAACACCCGUGGUAUCAGGGAGGCCGGAACGAACCAUGUCCGGAGCAGCCCCCUCCACGACGUGUCUGUGUGAAGCGGAUUCUGUCUCUGACAGAGCUGGACCCUGACGUGCUGGACAGUAUGUACUCUCUGGGCUGCUUCAGGGAUCGCGUCAAACUCACACGAGACCUGCAGUGCGAAGAAGAAAACCAGGAGAAGAUGAUUUAUUAUUUGCUGCUGGACAGGAAGGAGCGCUACCCCAGCUAUGAGGACGAGGAUCUACCUCCCCGAAAUGAUGUCGAUCCUCCCCGUAAGCGCGUGGACUCUCCGAUGCUGACCCGUCAUGGCCGCUGCCGUCCGGAGAGGAAGAGUCUGGAGGUGCUGAGUGUGACGGACCAGGGUUCACCUACACCACCCCGCAGAGCACUGGACACCUCUGCUCACAGCCAGAGAUCUCGUUCAGUCAGUGGAGCUUCGACAGGUCUCUCCUCCAGCCCCCUCAGCAGCCCCAGAAGUCCCGUUUUCACGUUCAGCCAAUCAGAGGUCACUUCUGCUUCCAACACCCAGUCCAAAGACCCCAAACCGGGAAGUGUCACCACCACACCCCGGGCAGCCCCUCGUGUGCCCGACCAAAAAACCCAGACGCUGCCGUCCAAGGCGGCAUCCGAGCGGCCCCACCUGCAGUCCAUGAAGUCCCUCCCUCUGCAGACGCCCCCCUCCCCCUCCCCAUCCCCCUCCCCGCUGCUGUCCCCCAUCCCUCGCUUCUUCUUCUUCCCCGCUCCCUCCUCCGUCCUCAAGUCCGUCACUAAGACCGUCUAUCCUAACUCUGCCCAUGUGUCGCAGGUCACCCCGCAGGGCUCCCCGCUCCCCACCCCCCUCGGGACCCCCGUGCACCACUCCCAGCACCCCUCUCCCACCCCGCCCUCUUCCUCCUCCUCCUCUUCCUCCUCCCGAGCCGAAGGGGGCGGCGGCGGAGUGGGUGGGGGCUCCCUCUCCCUAACCCCGCCCUCUAGCCCCGGUGGAGGGGGCGGGGGAAUGGCUGCCAGCAGCUCCGCCCACUGGAGGACACGCCUCAACUCAUUCAAGAACAAUCUGCUGGGCUCGCCUCGCUUCCACCGCCGCAAGCUGCAGGUUCCUACAUCUGAAGACAUGUCCAGGCUAACUCCAGAGUCAAGCCCAGAGUUGGCUAAGAAGUCCUGGUUUGGGAACUUCAUCAGUCUGGAGAAGGAGGAGCAGAUUUUUGUGGUGAUCAGAGACAAACCACUGAGCUCCAUCAAAGCCGACAUCGUUCACGCCUUUCUAUCAAUUCCCUCCCUUAGCCACAGUGUAGUCUCUCAGACCAGUUUCCGGGCAGAGUAUAAAUCUUCCGGGGGUUCGUCCGUCUUCCAGAAACCUGUGAAAUUCCAGGUGGACAUCGCCUUUUCAGAGGGAGAGAGGGAACGAGAGAGAGAAAGGGAGCGGGAGAGAGAGGGAAAGAAGGAGAAUGGCAUUUACAGCGUCACCUUCACCCUCAUAUCAGGUCCUAGUCGCAGGUUUAAGAGAGUGGUGGAGACCAUACAGGCCCAGCUGCUCAGCACUCAUGACCAGCCCUCUGUCCAGGCACUAGCAGAUGAGAAGAAUGGUCUCUCCUCUCGCCCCCCCGGCACGCCCACUCGGCAGAACUCCCGACGCUCGGAAGGGGGUGGAGAUCGUGGUGAGAGGGCGGAGCGUGGAGAAGCAGCCAGUAUGGCAGGCAGUGGAGGUGUCCUUCAGCGCAGGGGGUCUGGCAAGGACAAAACCCGCCUCCUCUCCUCCAAUGGAACCCAGUCUCAGCCCUGAAAAAACUCUACGGAAACAGAGCAGAGCCUACAGAGUGGGCUGGGACCCGCUCCUUUAACCUCAGACCCUGAAAAAUCCCCCCUUUACCCACAAUCCCCAAAUCACAGACACACUCUGCUCACACACGCUCAUCGCUACCAGAAAAACCUGUAGUCCAAAUACAGCCGAGAGAGGAACCUCAAAGAAAUGGAUGAUCCUGCUCAUAGAGAUGCACCUGGAUGAAUGAAAAACACUCAAACAGCUGGAAUCUGAUGUCACUCGAAAAGUACAGCAAAAAGUACAGCGGAUCUCAAAUCUGAAUAAAACAUACAGACUUUAAAGCAUCUCAAUGUAAACUUCAGUUAGCUAUCAAGCAUCUCACAGCUGGAUGACUGAAAGUGAUCUGGAGCCAAUAGUAAGCUAUAACCACCCACAAACUAGUUAACAAUCAGCAGAGGAAAAAAUACAGGAGGUGGGACAGAAAUGAUUGUGUCUUUUUUUAUGAUCAUCUUCAUCAAUUUCAUCAUCACUAUCAUCACCAUGAGAAAUGUCACUGCGGUGGACUGUAAUUUGAAGAUGAUUCGGAAGCUAAAUCACCAGAAUCAUUAAAAAGAAGAAGAUUGAUAAAAGACGGAGUAGAAACAGGUUGAUCGAGACGUGGAACAUCAGUGGUGAACGGGCAUCCAGAAUUUUGACCCCAAAGCGGCAGCUUGAAUCAAAUAACGGACUAAUUAAUGGACUUUUGACCCAGUGUUUGGUCCUGUCCAUAUCAGCACAAGGAAAAUAUCGGUGAUAAACUCACCAUAGUAAAGCAAAGCCUUCUUGUCGAGAAAUUUACUUGUUGUCACAUGUUGUGGAUUUACUGAAGACAUUACUCCUUUAAACGUUCAGUAGAUCCACCACUGUGUCAAGCAUCAUAUCUGGCAGUGUCCAGUUAAAUCUACCAAUGAGAGAGAGUCUCAAUCCCUAAUGUAGCCACCAAGUGCUGGACAUACUUUCAUGAGGUGAUGUUUAAAGCUCCUUAGACACCUUCGAAACGACAACAAAAAAUGAGAAGAACAAAAAACAGUCCAAAUCUGGGGAAGAAGAGAAGGACAGGACAAGCAACUUCACUUUUUCUCCGUAUGAUGACAACAAAGGUCCAAAAGCCCUUUUUGGUGACGUGGUUGCCAUCAAACGAAAAAUAUACAAGCAAGUGAAUGUCAAAAAAGCUAUUUUAAAAGUAUUUAUUUGCUUUAAAGCUAUGUUUAUUUGAGUAAAUGUAUUUUAUUUAUACAUUAUUUAUUUAUUUAUUGUUUAUUUAUAUUAUUUAUUUGGGUGUUGUGGAGACUGGUCAGCUCAGAAUGGCAGGCACAUCAGCUGUGGGCCAACAAAGCCACCAGAAUGAAAAACAGAUGGAUAAAUUUGUCACAUUUGUUUAAUUUUCCCAAAUAUAUUAAAACGAUGCUGCAAAAAAAGUCCCUAAAAUCUGCCAUUUCAGUUUGGUUUUAUAUGAGUUUUCUCAUUUCAUUUUCAUUUCACGUUCAUUUCUUUUACAUAAGAGAGAAAAACAAAGAAAAAGAAACAACAAAAUCAACAAAAGAACUUUGAAAAGUCAGAGUUUCACACCUUGGAGGUUCCUGCUGGGGAAAAAAAGAUUACAAAGAUCAUCCAAGAAAUUAAAAACGGUCUCAAAACUGAACAGACCCUCAGAGAAGUAGAGGAGGACAGGAUGGAGGGAAGGAGAAGGAGGGAGGGGUUCAAUCUCUCUGUUUUCUCCCUCUGUCUUUCAGAAUGUUACCCACAAAAGCCCAAAGCUUCGGACUCGUGCAUACAUGAGGCUAGUCUCUUGUACCGAACGCGAGCAGUAUUCACAAACACAUAUUCUCAAAUACUCACAAACAAGACUGUCUCAGUGGACGGCUGCUGUCAGUGAGAAUGCUCUUCUUCUUCACACAGAUAAAAUGAGAUGAAAUGAAUGAUAACUGGACUUUAAAAACUGGAAUGCACUGUCUUAAAAAAAAAAAGAAUUGUAUCCGAAACAUCCGGUCCCUGCCCUGCC